GGGUAUUACAAAAGACGACAAAAAUUCUUUCUUUCACCCUCCUACGAUUCCAGAUCCAAUCUUUCUCUCUCUCUCUCUCUUAAAAAAGGAAGAACCCCCAGUGUGGUUGUCUGUGGCGGUGGUGGUGGUUGUUGUUGUGGAUGGCAAGGGCCAACAAGUAUUCCUCCAUUAACUUUAACCAUAUCUAUGACAGAAACUUAACCAACAACGCUACUCCUAAUACCGCAAACAACACAUCAAAACAGCCUUCCUCUUCUUCUUCGUCGUCGUCGUCUUCUUCUGCUCUUUAUUCUGCUAUAUCUUCUCCCAAUACUUACAAAAACCAUCUUUCUUCUUCCCGCUCCCAUGGCCGUAUGCUGGUUCUGACCCGUCCUACUCCCAAACCCGUUUCAGCUAUUGCCACCCAGUCCUCUCUUUCACCUUCUUCGCAAAUACCAUCGACCCAACAACCUCGAGCGCCUAUUUCGGAUCAAGCGCCUUCUGAACCGGAAUCGGACCUGAUUUCUCUCCGUCCCUUGGGUCGGACAGGGGCCGCUCCGUUUGUUUCUUCUUCGGUAUUGGUACCGGAGAAAGAGAAGGAGGUGGGGCCCUUGGUAGGAUCGCCAAAGCCAGACAAGUUCGUGCCACCGCAUCUCAGACCGGGUUUUGUGGGGAGGGAGGAGAGGCCUGGGCCGGAGGUUUUUAGGGGGAAGGAGGCGAAUCAGAGGCCGCCGCAGCAGCAACAAGAUUAUUUUGUGUCUAAGGGUGAGUAUGGGGUUGAUGGAAGGCCUAAAUCUGGUGGUUAUGAGAGGAUGAUGGGAGGUGGCGAGUCAGAUCUGGGUUUGAUGAAUCGUCCCAGAUCUAGUGGGAAUCGCCCCAGUUCAAGUGGAUGAGGUUCAUAUGAAGUAGUUUAACUUGUGGAAGAUAGGAUCAAACCUGGUGGCACCUUUUGAGUUCUUGACCCUGUUGAUAGAAUUCACAUUGAAGUGAUGUAAAAGAGAGUAUCUGGGACUUUCAAGCAGUCAAGCUGCAUCAUUGCUCGGUAAUUCAGUCUUUGUAGCUGAUUAAAGAAAGACAUCAAGGUGCCUACAGAAUGUAGAUUGUGUGAUUUUUUUUCCCGUUUAAUUAGUUAUAUGAAUUUUGAAGGUGAGGGGUGAGCAUAUACCUCUUCGAUAUUUAUUUUCCUCUAAUGUACUUAAAAAACUUUUCUUUUGUAAGGAUUGUGUCUCAUUUUGUUCUUCAUCUGUUUCUAUUGCAAUCUUCAUUUGCUGCUA